GCAGAUGAUCGACUCCUCGUAGGGACGUUGGCAGCGCAACAUCGGAGAGUCUCUCGGCAAACUGCAAUUUCUUUUUGCUGCAGUCCCUACCGUCGUAACCACUGCGUUCUCUUUAAUCAGAACCUGCUUUCUUGGUCUUCGGGCAUUCCCGGCUGCCCUGUGCCUGACGGGGCGAACAAGUUGUCUGUCUCUUUUCUGUGCGACGUCCUGUAUGGCCAAAAAUUUAUUGGAUAAUGACUUUUUACAUGUUCCUUGCUGGUGUGGUGGCGCUCGGGAGCUUGGUGGCCGUAAGGGAGACGUCGGACGCCGUGCUCAUAAGUUUGUUGAGGGCAAGAGCCGCAGAGAUCAGUGAAGAUUCGAGUGACGAGGGUGAGGUGCUCAGCAACAAAAUUGACCUUGAUCCGGAAGAUGUCGACAACUAUCACCAUAUUCUGUCUAUAGAACUAGCGGAUCUUCUUCGCUUAGAACCACAGGUAUGCAACUACCCCGAGGAUGGCGAAGGCGCCGGACGGCUCGAGCUUUCCGUUGGCGACACUCCUGGCGUCACGUUCCGUUGCCCUGGGGGAAACGAAGACCAGCUCACACCGACAGAUAUUACUCGAGCCUACAGGGUAGACAAGGACGGAAACUGUGACACGACAGAACCUGUCGAUCUGGACGGUGUCCUGCCAAACUCCAUACUCGAUGGCGCUCCUGUCUCCCCAUUUGGCCGGGGCUCCGUAUUCCUACUCAUCAAUGGGCGCCCCCUUGACAGCGAGAAGAAAGCGUGCUUCGUCUGCAACUCAAAAAACGGAACUAAAGCGCGCCAGUCGUGUGCUGUGAUCGUAACGGUCCCCAAAGCUACCUUGUCAAGUUCCGGGAUAUGCAACCCCCUCCUUCCCCCAGGUGGAAACAUGCUAACUUUCGAAGGUGAUGGACCACACAAAUCCAUCACCAUCCACUGCCCAAAAGGGUAUUCGGUACUCGACACAUCGGACAGGGGCGGCUAUGUCAUGACGGGCCCUCUAUGUAGGAGGAGAGCAAUGCUGGAAGAGGUUUUGGGGUCGGGCUCUACCAUCAACCGAGUUGAAGGUGAACCUCAUAUCAACGGUGUUUCAAAGUCCUACCGCGUCACGGCUACGUCUUCUUUCUCGAAGCCACGCGUUCUUUGCCUGGCAUGUGAACCUGACAAGAAUGAACACGUAUCCUCUUCUGCUCCAAGUAAAUGUGUGGUUGAGGCCUUCCUGCCCGCUGCACCUGAGGAAGUGCCCAAUGAAAACUCAAUUCUGCCUAGGGCCUUCAGAUCUCUCGAAGCAAACUCCGAAACCACAACGUCUCCCGUCAUAACGUCUGAUGGAGAUGUCCUAUCAUUCGCCAGCGCCUCUACCCUGUUUUUUGUCGUUACCAGGUUAACUGUAGCUGUUAUGUAAACAAGCCUAAUCAACACUCUCUUUCCGACUGGGGUGAACCUUCUCAGAAAACAGGGUUCUUGAACCAGAGAACUCUGGCAGCACGUGGAGACCUUACAUCUGUUUUUCGCGCCCGUAUGAACUCUUUGAUAGCGUUGUGCCGCCGUUGUCAAUGUGGCAGUGUCGGUCGGGGUCGAAGCAGUGCCACUCACUCCAUCACAAGUUCCUUCGGGGUGGCAGAACACCCGGUUGCACAGUGACGGAACGGAAGUGGAGCGAGGGGAUACGCUGUGCAUCGCAACAGGACAACUGCGAAUGCAUGCGAGACACGCAAGGAUUUAUCACAGGUUUACAGGCGGGGUAACAAGAAAUGGUGAAAUAACGUUGUUUGCUCCGCAUGAAGCAACUGUCUUCGCAUAACUUUCUGAGUCUGCAGGACUUGCCCCCCUGGGUACGCUGGGUGUACGCUCGUCACGCGAAAAACCUUUGUUCAUACAACGACGAAAAUGCCAACUGCAGUUUCUACUUACUUGAACUGUUGUUGAGUUCCGUAGAUAACAAGUUCAUAUGUGCGUGAUCAUAUCAGAGUUAAACAGGAGGAGGUUGGUGGAACGUUGGAGAAGUGGGGAAGAUUCGAAGUACGAAAACCAGCAAAAACGGGCAGAAGCUGAAGGCCAAGGACAGGAGCGUGUGGAAUCAUGAUUCGACGACAGAGCACGACGGUAGGGUCAAGCGGUGAUGGGCAGUGGUAGUGCUUGGUUUACCUAACGUGGCAUCCAUCCAGAUUGAGUGG